ACAACUGCAACCUUACUAAAGUGGACCUUUUAUGAAAUCUCUAAAAGACCUGAAGUUCAAAACAAAAUGUAUCAAGAAAUUGUGGAAAAAAUUGGUGAUCGUCCAAUAGAAUACGAAGAUUUUGGUAAGAUGGACUAUGUUUACUCUACCAUUCUAGAGGUGUUGAGAUUUAACCCUCCUGUCGUUUGGGUCUCUCGAGAAUGUAACAAGAGCACAACUAUUGGAAAGUAUCACAUUCCAAAAGGAACCAGAGUAAAUGCUCUCAUCAAACAAGCUCACAGUAAUGAAAAGAAUUGGACCAGGCCAGAAGAAUUCAAUCCAGAACGUCUCUUCAACAAUCCAGAGCUCAGAGACAAGGUUCAACAGGAUAUGUCAUUCAUUGGAUUUUCUAUGGGAAAUCGUAAAUGUAUUGGAUAUAAAUUUGCUUUAUUAGAAGCAAUGAUGCUUAUUUGCACAUUCUUAAAGAGCUAUGAAUUUAAAUUGGAAAAUGAUGAAACUAUU